AAAAAGCAAGGCCAGUGCCUUCCCCGACAGCCCUGUUGCUAGGCUGAGUCUGUUUAUGGCUGGCUGUUGUCUGUAGUCCUGGAGCUGUUGCAUAAGAAAACCCAGCCAGGUGCCAGCUACUGAAUAGAUGGACCGCAGUGAAGAAUCCCGGAUGAUAAUCAUGGAGGAUUUCCUGGACGAAGACCCUGCCCAGGCGGAAAGGCUGAAGAGGACCUUGACAGCCCACAGGCACAGAAGAAAAAAACCGGUGAGGCUGCGGGAGGCUGCCGGUACCCCCGAGCCGCCGCCGGAGGACUGGAGCCCGGCCACCAUGGCGGCCGCCCCGCCGGGGGCGGCUCCUCCGGCGUCGCGCGGCUUGCCACCUGUUCCUUCUGCAUCAAGGACAGGCUUUGCAGAAUUUUCUGUUAGGGAAAGAAUGAGAGAGAAACUAAAAGCUGCAAAGUCAAAAGCAGAAAGUACUUUAUUGCAAGAAGACCCCAGUUCACGACCAAGGCAUUUAAAAAGCAUUAGAGAGAGAAAAACAGAAGUCAGACUGGAUAAAGAGUGUGAUAGAGAUGAAUUUAGGGAGAUGCAAGAGGAUGAAUCUCACAUAUCAUCAAAAGUAAAGUUUCAUGAUUCUGCCAAAAUACCUAAGCAAAAGCCACCAGUCCAGAAUGAUUUCCCUUCUGCUGAAGAAGCAUAUAAGUUUUUUACAUUUGAUUUUGAUUCUGAAGCAGAGAGAGUAAAGGCUGGAAUUAGGAAAAAGAAUGAAUUAAAUCAUGAAGAGGAGGAGGCAGAAGAAGAUGUUGAAACCCAUGGGGAAGGACAAGAGGAGAGUGAAACAGAUGAAGAUGUGCACCUCGUUAAAGAUGACGAUUUAUUCAUUUUAGGGCAGACAGCCCAAGAUUUUCUGGUAAUGAAACCUGCUGAAUAUGAAAGCUACUCUGAGCAACUGCAAAAGGAAAAAGAAUUUCUCUUCAUUCCCAGCAUGCAAGCAGUGCCUGCUUCUCAGAAGAUGCCUGGAAACAUACAGCCUAGGUUCCUUGAGGAUGAGGGUCUUUACACAGGAGAAAGGCCCUUUGUAUCGCCAUCUAAUCUAAAUAUUUUAGAAAACAGAAUACUCAGACAGGAGCAAGGGAAAAAGUGGUUUGGUGAUGAUGGCAAAAUCUUAGCAUUGCCCAAUCCAAUUAAACAGUCUCUUACCAGGCCCCCAGUAUUCUCAUUGGAAGAAGGCAUUGAACCAGAACUUGAAACAUUGUAUAGAAAGGCGAUAAAAGUGACGGCUGUCAAUCAGUAUCUUGUUGGACCUGGAGAUUUUCAGGGACCAUUUCAAUUGGAUAUUGAUAUUUCUGGAUUAAUAUUUACUCAUCAUCCAUGUUUUAGCCGUGAACAUGUGUUAGCAGCUAAACUGGCUCAGUUAUAUGAUCAAUAUCUAGCAAGAAAACAGAAGAAUCUUACCACGCUUCUCACAGACAAGCUUCAUGCUUUGAGGAAUGCUGUGCAAUGUAGCAUAGACGGUGGUGAUACUGCUGUUCUUAAACCUGUAGCACAACAGAGCAUACCUGAAUACAAAAUUGAAAUCAGGCAAACAAGAAGACUUCGUGAUGCUGAACAAGAAAAAGACAGAACGUUGCUUAAGACCAUUAUAAAAGUUUGGAAAGAAAUUAAGUCCCUCCGUGACUUUCAGAAGUUUACUAACACACCCAUGAAACUUUAUUUGAGAAAGGAAGAGGUUGAUCGGAGAUUAGAUGAAAAAGCAUAUGAAACAGAAAUUCAGGACGAGAUAAAUGAAUUAUUAGAAGAAUGUAGGGAAGAAUAUGAAAAGAAAAUGGAGGAAUAUAAAACUGAGCUACAAGAGUGGAAAUCUUGGAAGAAGACACAGAAGUCCAAGAAGAAAAAGAAGAAAAAAGAUCUUCGAAGAGAAGAAGAAUCAGUAGAUGGUUGUGAACUUGAUGAGGAACCAGUAAAACCCAUCCCACCAAAAAUGGUCAAUAGCCUGGAAAUAGAGCAACAAGUCAGAGAAAAAGCUGACAACUUUAGAAGGAAACCCGGAGAGCCUGUUUUAAUUCCUGAGUUAGUCCUGUCAGGAAGCAUAACACCAAGUGAGCUUUGUCCUCGGGCAGAGGUUUUGCGACGAGAAGAUGUGAAGAAACGCUCAUCAUUUAUAAAAGUCCUUUUCAAUUCCAAAGAAGUAUCAAGGACUGUUACCCGGCCAAUAAGUUCAGACUUCAGAGUUCACUUUGGACAGAUUUUCAAUUUACAAAUAUUCAAUUGGCCAGAGAGUUUGAAACUACAGAUAUAUGAAACAGUGGGCAUCAGCAGCACUACCUUGUUGGCUGAAGUGUUCAUACCUAUCCCUGAGACUACAGUUCUGACAGGCAAUGCUUCUAUCGAAGAAAUAGAAUUUAGCAGCAGUCAGCGUGUAAUGUUGGACCACGAAGGAGUUGGGAGCGGUGUGUCAUUUUCCUUUGAAGCUGAUGGUAGCAACAGAAUGACUUUAAUGACCUCUGGGAAAGUAUCCAAUAGUGUCUCUUGGGCAGUUGGAGAGAAAGGAGUCCCCUUAAUUCCUCCAGUUUCUCAGCAAAACACAGGAAUUGCAAGCGCUUUAAAAAAUAUUGAUGCUAUUGCAUCCAUUGGCACAUCAGGCUUAACUGACAUGAAGAAACUAGCUAAGUGGGCAGCAGAAGCAAAACUUGAUCCAAACGACCCAAACAAUGCAGCUCUGAUGCAGCUGAUCACGGUUGCCACUAGUGGAGAGGCACGUGUUCCUGAUUUCUUCAGACUGGAACAGUUGCAGCAAGAAUUUAAUUUUGUUUCCGAUGAGGAACUUAAUAAAUCAAAGAGAUUUCGACUCUUGCAGCUCAGAAAUGCAGAGGUGAUGGAGUUCCGAAACUAUAAGCAAGUCCCUUUGCACGAACGAGAAAUCAGUGAGCAACUCUUUCAGGACUAUGAGAAAAGACUACGUGAGAGGGAUGUGAUUGACAGCAAACAUUACUUAGAUGCACACAGAGCAAUUGUUGCCAACUAUCUACAGAAGAUUCGAGAAUCAGUAAUAAACCGUUUCCUAGUAGCAAAACACCAUUUCCUUCUCUCUGACCUCGUCAGUGAAGAAGAGAUUCCCAGCCUGGGUAUUUUGGGACUCAGUAUUUUCAAACUGGCAGAGCCAAAACGACCACUAAAGCCAAGAAGAAAAGAAAGGAAGAAGGUUACAGCACAGAAUUUAUCAGAUGGAGACAUAAAACUAUUAGUGAACAUCAUUAGAGCUUAUGAUAUUCCAGUGAGAAAACCAGUGAGCAAACUUCAGCAGCCAUCUAGACAUUCAAGGUCUUUUAAUGAAAUGUUUGCAGCCUCUCCUUCAGCUCAGAGCCCAGGCGAGAACAUAGAUUGGGUGUUCAACCAGGUUUUAGUCCGUCCUUUUGUUGAAGUUUCUUUUCAGCGAACUGUCUGCCGGACUACAACAGCAGAGGGUCCAAACCCGAACUGGAAUGAGGAACUUGAGCUUCCAUUUAGAGCCCCUAAUGGUGACUACAGCACCCACAGCUUGCAGUCAGUGAAGGAUGAAGUGUUCAUUAAUCUUUUUGAUGAAGUACUUUAUGAUGUUGGAGAGGACGAUCAUGAAAGAGGAAGUGGAAUCCAUACUCGUGUUGAGAGACACUGGCUGGGAUGUGUUAAGGUUCCGUUUACUACCAUAUAUUUUCAAGCAAGGAUUGAUGGUACAUUUAAGGUGAAUAUUCCUCCAGUCCUCCUUGGCUACAGCAAAGAAAAGAACCUGGGAAAUGACCGAGGUUACGAUUCUGUGCGAAACCUCAGCGAGGGCUCGUAUAUAACACUGUUUAUUACCAUUGAACCACAGCUCAUUCCUGGAGAGUCAGUCAGAGAAAAGUUUGAUACCCAAGAAGAUGAGAAGUUGCUCCAAGCAGCAGAAAAGUAUGAAGCUGAAUGUACAUCAAAGUUUCCAAGCCGCCGAUGCCUAACAACUGUAAUUGACCUCAGUGGGAAAUCAGUUUUUAUUACCAGAUAUAUCAAACCUCUGAAUCCACCACAGGAGCUUCUUGAUGCCCACCCAAAUAGUUCUCAAACAGCAGCAGAAUUAGUGGCCCGAUAUGUUGCUUUGAUUCCUUUUUUACCAGAUAGUGUGUCAUUUGCUGGAAUUUGUGACUUGUGGAGUACAUCAGAUCAAUUUCUUGAUCUUCUGGCGGGAGACGAGGAAGAACAUGCCGUGCUCUUGUGUAAUUAUUUUCUUGGUAUGGGGAAAAAGGCCUGGCUUAUAAUCGGAAAUGCUAUUCCUGAGGGAGCAACUGCAUAUGUAUUAACUUUGGAGCAAAAUCAGUAUGCAAUUUGGAAUCCCAGUACUGGAUGUUUUUAUGGGCAGUUUGAUACUUUCUGCCCAUUACAAAAUGUGUACUGUCUGAUCAGCUGUGAUAACAUCUGGUUUAAUAUUCAAGAAUAUGAUUCCCCAGUAAGGAUAAAUUUUGACAUCAGCAAACCAAAGCUGUGGAAGUCUUUCUUUUCAAGAAGCUUACCAUACCCUGGCCUCUGCAGUGUUCAGCCUGAAGAAUUAAUUUAUCAGCAUUCGGACAAGGCAGCCGUGGUGGGACUACAGGGCAGGAUUGAAAAAAUAUUAAAAGAGAAGAUUAUGGAAUGGAGACCAAGGCAUCUAACUCGUUGGAACAGAUACUGUACCUCUACCCUACGUCACUUUCUGCCUCUGCUGGAACACAACCAAGGCAAAGAUGUAGAAGACGACCACCAGGCAGAAUUGCAAAAACAGCUAGGAGAUUACAGGGUCUCUGGAUUUCCUAUUCAUAUGCCAUUUUCUGAAGUUGGACCUUUAGUAGAAGCUGUACACAGCACUGGAGUUCAUACCAUUGAUGUUGCAAAUGUUGAAUUUGCUCUAGCUGUUUAUGUUCACGCUUAUCCCCAAAAUGUUCUCUCUGUCUGGAUUUACGUUGCUUCACUUAUACGAAAUCGGUAGAAUAGACUAGUCAGAGACCUCUCGGGAAACUUGCUUAUGUAGGGGUAAAUAUAACAAGUUUCUCACACUAUUGAUUCGAGCUACACCCUGUACUUCAAAUUCUCACUAGAUUUUGACUUUCAGUAGCUGCAUAAACAUUAGCUUAAUUCACUCUACAACUGCUGAAGAUAGCACUACUUACUACAGCUAAGGAAGAGACUGACAGCUUAAAAUUCCAGUCCUAGUAGUUGAGUUUUAUAUGGUAUUCCCAGUGUAAUGCAGUGGGGCAUCAUGCUCUUGAAAGCAUUACAUGCCCACAUGUAGUUACACUGCAGAGUAAGAUGGUAGAAAUUGGCCUUCUCAAUUCUCAGGUGAAACUUUAUUCCUGGAAUCAUGCCUUGAAGAUUGAAUUCUUAGCUAUGCCAUUUAGUUAACUUUACUACAUCUACAGACCUUCUUCUCUUUUAAAGACACUAUCAUUCAGUUAUAAUACAAAUAAUUACAGUUAUCUGAGUUCCUGAGUAAAGGCCAGGACUAUUUAUCCAUGAAUAAAUUCCAUGUACCAAAGAAAGAGCCAUCAAUGCAGAUCAGACUUCCUUUUUUUUUUUAAGGAGGGUCUGUCUUCUGCUAUUUUGUAUUUAGUGACUGUGUAAUAGCAGUGCUAUGUAGAGGUAGUAAGAUGACAUUUUCUGAAAUUUAUAUUUAUAAUAAAAUAUUUGUAAUAAAAUCUAAGUGAAACUCUC